CUAGGCUUCUCCGUCGGAAGCGGCUGUGGCGAGCUGUAGUCGGCGAAGUGUAGCAGAAUCAGUGCAGCCUAGACGAAACAUGAAGGCGCGCAUAGAAAACGGAAUUGUGUACUCACCGUUUCCGAGCGUCGAUAUUCCUGUGUGUUCAGCCUACAAAGUCAUCAAGGAUGCUUUGUCCAAAGCUCCGGAACGAGUGGCAUUGGUGGAGGGUUCUGUACGAACAACGAGGGGCGACUUAUUGGCAUUGAUGGAGAGCUACGCCACAGGCUUCCAGCAGCAAGGCGUUGGUCCGUGGGACCGUGUGUGCACUCACUUGAAGAACAGCGUGGACAACCUAGCUGCUAUGUACGGCUGUAUCUUCACCGGGGCUACAUUGGUGCUGGCGAAGACUUCACUCACAGAAAGGGAACUGCGUGGCCAGAUCAUCGACAGCGAUAGCACGCACGUUCUCACAGAUGUUGAAUUGAGUGAAAAAGUCAAGAAGGCAACUUCAAACCUCAAACUCAAGCGGCUAUUCGCAAUGGGCUGUGUGGACGGAUUUAUUUCUGCGACUUCCUUCAAGGACCUGGACAAAUCUGACUUCAGAGGGUGUCCUGUCGAAGAUCCUCGUGAAGCAGUCAUCGUCAUCGUUUACACGUCGGGGACCACGGGACUUCCGAAGGGCGUGGAGAUCACUCACUACAGCUUCGUCGCCAACUACUACAUUUCUAAACCGUGCACGUCAUCCGACGAAAGCGAUACUGUGCUCGCUUCAGCUCCCAUCACCCACGCAUCUGGAUUGCUGCUCGGCUUGAUGGCUGUGCUAGACGGAUCAGUCUGUGUCCUCACACAGCCAGGUCUCAGCUUGCAGGAGAUGGCUAAACUUGUCAAAGAGCACAAUAUCACGUCCAUGUUCUCAUUCCCAACCCGACUUCAUGCUCUGACAGAGGAGAUGCUGCGUACUGGAGAGCGGCUCGAAAGCAUUCGUCGCAUGGGAGUUGCUGGCGGCGCACUUUCGCAGGCCACGUAUGACGCCGCGUACAAAGCUUUCGCUAACCUUCAGUGCGUCGUCAUCAUGUACGUCAUGACGGAGAGCGGCGGCAUCAUCUGCUCACCUUCCAUGCGGGGUGCCAGGGGAACCGACAUGGGAUUUCCCGCCGCGAUGGUUGAAAUCAAGGUUGUAGACCCUGUGACUCGAAUUAAGCUGGGCCCGAAUGAGACUGGCGAGAUUUGCUUCCGCAUCCCGACAGUGAUGCGCGGCUAUUACAAGCGACCCAAGGAAACAGCUGAGUUCUUCAAAAAUGGCUGGUGCAGAUCAGGAGACGCUGGCUACUAUGACGAAGAGGGGCGCUUAUAUUUCGUCCAGAGAAUGAAGGAGUUAAUCAAGUGCAUGGACAACCAGGUUGUCCCGGCUGAACUCGAGCAACUGCUUCUUCAGGAGCACUCGGAAGACAUUGCGGAAGUAGCAGUGGUCGGAACACCGCACCCACAGUAUGGAGAAGCACCAGCUGCUGCUGUUGUACUCAAGGAAAAGCCCACAACCUGUAACACCUCUGAGCUGACAAAUAAGAUUAAGAGUACCAUCGCAGGAGAGUUGGCUGUCCACAAGCAACUUUAUGGAGGAGUCUUCUUCCUGGACUUCUUGCCCAAGACUGAAACGGGAAAAAUAAACAGAACAGUACUCUUGGAAAAGGUGCUGCUAAAGUGUGGUUGCAAUUAAUAAAUAAGUUUUCAGC